AUGCCUGACCUCGACAAGGCGGCGCAGCAGCUGACCAGCGGGAGUAGCCAAGGCACCGUCGAGAAGGACGGCCUCGUGUCUGUGCCGACCAGCUCCAAGGGCACGGACGUGACGCCGGUCAAGGGAGCGGGCGCCGGUACCGAUCGCCCUGCGGCCGCCGCCUCUUCCACAGCGACCACCAAGCCGGCUGGCACCGCCACAACCGGUUCCAGCGCCAAGGCGCCACCGGCCGCAGCCGGCACGACGGAGAAGGCGCGCGCAAAGAAGCCCGGCUUCGCGCAGCGGGUGAUUGCCAUCAUCACCUGCUCCAGCGGCGCGCGGGCGAUGGCCGAGCACGAGCAGCUCGAUGAGAAGCGGGCAGGCGCCGCCCACGGCAGAUCCGACGCAGGCCGAGCGCGCACCGACGGCAAGGCGGGCGGAUCGGCGCUGCCGGCAGGUGUCGUCGUGCCGCCCCGGACACCCAACGCCAAGGGCGGGUCACGCCUCGGCGGCGACGACGGCAGCUCGUCGGUAGGUCCCACGACACCCGGCGGCGGCACGCGGCUGCCGCGCGAAGAGACGGGCGAUGUCAUGUCGGGAGCCGUGGUCCCGCCCGGCGCGUCCUACGUUGCGCCGGGAGACGUGGCGGCCGCCGACGGUUUGGCCGCGGGGCAACACCGCAAGUCGCGGACGUCGGGCGACGUCAGCAAGACCGAGAGCGACGUCGACGACGACUACGAUGAUGACGACGACGACGAUGAUGAUGAUGACGAAGACGAUGAGGAUGGCCUCGCCAUGGACGGCGACUACCUCGACGACGACGACCAGACCGAAGAGCAACGGCUAAUCAUGCAAGGCGGCAUCGGCAUCCCGAUCGACGAGUACGGCAACCCGCAGCCGCUCCUCGGCCCCAUUGUCAAGGACGACCACGGACGCAAGUGCCUGGUUCUCGACCUCGACGAGACGCUCGUGCACAGCAGCUUCAAGGUCAUGCCGGCCGACUUUAUCGUGCCCGUCGAGAUCGAAGGCACGGUGCACAACGUCUACGUGAUCAAGCGGCCGGGCGUGGACGAGUUCAUGCGGCGCAUGGGCGAGAUCUACGAGGUCGUCGUGUUCACUGCCAGCUUGAGCAAGUACGCCGACCCGGUGCUCGACAUGCUCGACAUCCACCAUGCGGUGCGGCACCGCCUCUUCCGCGAGUCGUGCUACAACCACAAGGGCAACUACGUCAAGGACCUCUCGCAGCUCGGGCGCGACAUCGGCGACACCAUCAUCAUCGACAACUCGCCCGCGUCCUACAUCUUCCAUCCGAACAACGCCGUGCCCAUCUCGAGCUGGUUCAACGACCCGCACGACACCGAGCUCACCGACCUCUGUCCCUUCCUGGCCGACCUGUGCGAGGUCGACGACGUGAGGGCCGUGCUCGACGGCGGGCUGUUUUGA